ACUCAGAUGAAGCUCCGCGCCGCUCCUGGACACUCUGAGCGGGGAAACACGCGUGCAGGAACCGCUGGACUACCGCUCAGCGUGUGUAGCCGUGAUGACUGACGUGAUGAUCAGCGCAGCACCGAUGGAUGAUAUGAGGCUCAGUCCCAGCAAGGAGCGGCUCACAUUUCAGAUCUUCCCGGACCCGUCAGACUUCGAGCGCUGCUGUAAACUGAAGGAGCGCCUGCCGUCCAUCGUGGUGGAGGCGACGGAGGGAGAGGUGGAGAGCGGAGAGCUGCGCUGGCCCCCGGAGGACUUCCUGAUCACUGAGGAAGAGGAGGAGGAAGAGGAGGAGGAGGAAGAUGAGGAUCGGCAGAACACACACAACACCAAGCAUUAGAGACGCUCACAAUCACUCAACACACACACACAGGAGAUCAGGCCUGGACUGACAGCAGACUGAUCUCACACACACGCACAUACACUCCUAUGAACUGCGUCAGCACUGAGAAUUAGAGUGUGUGUGUUUAAUUGCAGUGAGUGAGGAGUGUGUGUGUGUAAUUGCAAAGAGGUGUGUGUGUAAAUGCAGUGAGUGAGGAGUGUGUGUUUAAUUGCAGAGAGGUGUGUGUGUGUGUGUGUGUGUGUGUGUGUGUGUGUGUGUGUGUGUGUAAAUGCAGAGAGGUGUGUGUGUGUGUGUGUGUGUAAAUGCAGAGUGUUCAUUUGUGUUUGAAUACAGUGAGAAUGUGUGUGCGUGCAUGCAUGAGUGUGCACGUGUUGUGUGUAUGUGUGCAUUUGAAUGUAGUGAGUGAGGUGUGUAUGCGUGAGGUGUGUGUUUUUCUGAACACAGUGAGGGCUUAGUGAGGAGUUUUCACAUCGUGUGUGUGUGCGUGCGUGCGUGCGUGUGUGACAUUAUUUACUCCUGUGCGAUGAUGAACUUUUGAAGAUGAUGAAGAUAUUGAUGAUAGUGACGGCAUUCCUGUGCUCAUUCCCUUUAUUUACACUGUUUUCUGCACACACAGCUCCAGAUGUGAGUGUGUGUGUUUGUGUGUCACUGGUGUGUGAUUGUUCUGUAAAUAGUCUGAUAGUAGUGUGUGUUUGUGGAGAAUCGUGGCUUGUCUCCUGUUGUCUACGGAUGUGUGCAGUAUACACACACGUUCGCACACACACUUAUGUACAUGUCAGUGUUAAUGUGUUCCAGGGCACUUCCUGUCUGCUCGUCCCUCUUCAUCUGUAAAGACUCAGGGAGUUUCUCUUGUUGUGUAGAUGUGUGUCUUUCUCUGUAAAUAAACCCUUUAAAGUGCUUU